AUGAGAAAGAUCAAGACUCUACUGUUUGAUAGGAGAAUUGAUAUGGUUUUGAUGCAAGAAACCAAGAGGUCAAGCUUGAACAAUCUGGUGGCUAGAAGUUUGUGGCCAAGAGAAAAGAUGGAAAUCAUGGCAGUGGAUGCAAUAGGUGCGGCAGGUGGAUUGUUAUGCAUAUGGGACCCUGAUGUUUUUCAACUUUCAGAAUGCUGUAGCAACAAAAACUUCAUCUUGCUUUCAGGUACCAUUCUGAAUUCCUUUGAGUGUGUUAUCUUAAAUGUCUAUGCCCCAAAUGAUAUUAUGAGGAGAGGUAAGUUAUGGGAGUCCUUGUUGUAUUUAAAGUCCAUUUUCCCAAAACCAUGGUGUCUAGGUGGUGAUUUCAAUGAGAUCAGAAAUUUGGGGGAAAGAAUAGGAAGCUCAAGGAGGGAUAGGGGCAUGAAAGAGUUUAAUGAGUUCAUAGAUAGAUGGGAGGUGAAUGAUCUGCCCAUGGUAGGGAGAAAAUUUACUUGGUAUAAUGCUCAUGAUGGCCACAAAUGGAGUAGAAUUGAUAGAUUCCUUCUUAGCCCUGAGUGGAUUGAAAGAUAUAGAUACAAACUGUGGGGACUGCCUAGGUUGGUUUCAGAUCAUUGCCCGAUAGUGCUUAUGGAAGAUGAGAGGGACUGGGGUCCUAAACCUUUCAAAUUCUUAAAUGCCUGGUUAUUGCAUCCACAAUUCACAUCUUUUGUGGAGAAUACAUGGAAGGAGUUACAGAUUCAAGGGAUUGCUGGGGUCAUUCUGCUAAGGAAAUUACAAGCUUUAAAGAUGGUACUAAAACAAUGGAAUAAAGAAGUAUAUGGUAAUACUGCAGCUCAACUAAAAGCAUCAGAAGAUAAACUGAAUACACUUGAUUUGAGGGCUGAGGUAAAACCUCUGGAGGAUGCUGAAAUCAAACAAAAAAGUGAGGCAAGGAAUGAGAUGUGGAGAUUAAGUAGAAUGCUGGAAUAG